UUACCACGCUGUUCACCAAACUUCUCUAAAGUUCUUGCUCUAGGUGACUUGGAUCUUAUUACCUGUUCCUUUCCUUCAUUUCUACCCAGUCCCUCAUUUUCUGUGUCUCCAACUAUAGCCUCUCAUCACUUCCCUUCUUAUCAGUCUUCUAGUGGUAGGACCCUGAAAUCUUUCUAUUUAUUCUCUCUGUACAGCCAUGCUCUUUCCUCAUUGGAGCAUCAGCAACAGCCACUCUUGUUAGCCAUUCUUCCUUCCCAUUUUCCUACUCUUUAUGGCUCUUCUUCUCCCAUCACUUCUUCUCCUCUUGCUACAUUGGAGCAAUGCUCAGCCCUCCCCAGGAUACUAUCCAAGCCACAGGUUUAGGCCCCUGAGGUUUUAUCAUGGGUUUAACAACCUUUGGGGUCCUCAGCAUCAGUACGUCUCCGGAGACCAGUCCUCAGUCACAAUCUGGCUUGAUAGGAACUCAGGAAGUGGCUUUAAGUCCAAUCGCCCAUUUCGUAGUGGAUAUUUUAGUGCUUCAAUCAAGCUCCAGCGUGGCUACACUGCAGGAGUAAUCACUGCCUUCUAUCUUUCGAACAAUGAAGCACACCCCGGCUUCCAUGACGAGGUCGACGUCGAGUUCCUAGGGACGACACCGGGCGAGCCAUACACCCUGCAGACUAAUGUGUACAUCAGAGGAAGCGGAGAUGGAAGAAUCAUUGGUAGGGAGAUGAAGUUUCAUCUGUGGUUCGACCCAACUGCUGGAUUUCACAACUAUGCCAUACUUUGGAAUGCUAGAGAGAUCAUAUUCUACGUAGAUGAUGUACCGAUACGCCGAUACCCGAGAAAGAGUGUGUACACAUUCCCUCUCCGGCCGAUGUGGGUUUAUGGCUCCAUUUGGGAUGCAUCAUCCUGGGCAACUGAUGACGGCAAAUACAAGGCCGACUACCGCUAUCAGCCGUUCGUUGCAAGCUUUACGAGGUUUGUCGUCCAUGGGUGCUCCGCUUUUGCCUCGCCGCGCUGCCGCCCGGUGCACUCCUCGCCGUUCGGCAUCGGCCUCAGCUCCCGGCAGUCGAUGGCCAUGCAUUGGGUCCAGAAGCAUUGCAUGAUCUACAACUAUUGCUGGGAUCAUAAGAGGGACCAUUCCCUGACGCCUGAGUGCAGGAACUAGUUAAUCUACUUGUUUACUGAUACAAUUCAUCUCCUCUAUUGGCUUGCCUAUCUCUCUAAACGUAUUUAAGGGAGGGUUCUUAUCCUUUUGUAUUUUUUUCCUGCCAAAUCCUAGCGGCCGAGGCAUGCCUGCCGGCCCAUUUCUACUCCUAUGAAAGGUUAAAUAUUGUGUACCUUGUAUGACUAUUGCCUGGCUUUAAUUUUAUGUGGUGAAAUAAAUAGGAGACA